AUGCCCUGCGUCACGCAUCGAGGCGUCGACUGUCCCCCAGCCGGCCCGAUGAGCCGGUGGGCAGUAGCUCUGGUGCUGGCGACGCUGCUGCUGGCCAGCAGCGGCGCCAGCAGCCAGGGCGACAGCAAGGAGGCGGCGGCCCCAGCCGCCGCUGAGCCGCCCCCACCCGACCUCGGCUCGCAAGGCCAGCAGGACGAGCAGCAAUACCUGGGACCAGACACGAAGGGAGGAUCGGGUGGGGUGGGGCCGGGGGGGGACACCGGUGUGGAUGCAGCCAACAUCGACGGCAGCGGCGACAUUGGCAACAUUCUGGGCGACGCCAGCCCAAGUCCCAGCCCCAGCCCCAGCCCCAGCCCCAGCCCCAGCCCCAGCCCGUCGCCGCCUGAAGGCGAGCCGGGCGCUGUGGUGGCGACCAACCCUGGGGAGGAGGCGACGUGUGACCUGCCGCAGGGGGGCACCACGUGGACGGUGGACCUGCGGUACAGCCUGCCCCUGGCACAGGUCGUGGUGCAGGCGGGGCCCGCGGGCGGCAUCCAGGACGUCACCAUCAGCCUGAGCUCCUCCCCCUCCGACCCCGGCCAGCCCUGCGCCUCCAUCGCCUCCCUCCAGUCCUCCACCGCCGCCGUGGCCUGCGACGCCACCGGCCGCUACCUCACCCUCGCCUCCUCAGCCAACAUGUACCUGUGCAACGUGGCUGUGUACCCCCAAGCGGCCAGUACCGCCCAGAACAAGUGGUACACCAUCACCGCGCCAGACGGCGGCACGCAGAGCGGCAUCAACAACGGCAGCCAGGUCGAGGUGCAGGCCGGCAGCGGCGUGGCGCCUCAGUACGUCCUGGACAUCGGCAACUCUGCAGGGGUGGCAGUCGUCUCCUUCUCCGGCACCUCCCAGCCCAACGUGGCCACGGUGUCUGUGGUGGCCUCCAACCCUCUGGCCGCCUCCUCGGGCGCCGCCGCCGCCCGCCGCCUGCACCAGACCUCGCCCACCGCGGGGGGCGGCAGCACGGGGGUGUGCAACGAGAGCACCACCGGCAGCACGACGUACGAGUGCGAGGGGGCGGUGGGGCAGUUUGUGGUGAUCACUGGGGUGGCCGGUACCAAGCUGCAGCUGGAGGACCUGGCAGUGUACCUGACGGUACCGCCCAGCGGGCCCCUGUCGCCGCCCCCGGGACCGGCGCCCCCCUCGCCGCCGCCCGCGCCCUACAAGUCGAUGUGGGUGGGCAACCUGCUGGUGGGCGGCAACAUCUCGCUCUUCAUCCCCGCGGAGCCCUACACCACCACGCUGCUCACGGCCUACAACAGCGCGUGGAGCGAGGCGCUGGUGAACCAGGGAUACGCCAUGGACACGUCCGCUUCUUUCUUCAACCCCAACGGCGGCCAAGACGUGCCCGACAUCUCCGCCGCACCUUACUACUACACCGGCGACGCCACGGGCGCCAACCUGGUCACCAACACCACCAUCUCGGUGGACCCCCGCCUCACCUACGACCUGCUGCACAGCCUGCUGGACACGGUGGCGGUGGCGGGGGCCAUCCAGGAGGGCAUCUCCGGCACGGGGUGGGAUCCUCAGGACAUCGCCAUGGUGCCAUAUGCCUCGCCCGCGCCCCCGCCCCCGCCCCCCGACGGCGGCGGCGGCGGCCUGUCCACGGGCGUGAUCGCGGGCAUCGCCGCGGGCGCCGCCGUCGUGCUGCUGGCGGCGGUCGCCAUCAUCUUUUUGUGCUGCUGCCGCGGCAAGAAGAGGAGCGGCGGGGGCGGGCGGGCGGACAGCGGGCUGGGCAAGGGUUCGAUGCAGCUUGACGAUGAGGGGCAGGUGGAGCUGGGCACUUACUCAGCGCUGGGCAAGCCGCCGGCGGGGCCCUCCUCGCAGCUGGCGGCCGCGCAGAAGCUGUACGCGGAGCAGCAGGGCGGCGAGGGCGCGGUACCGUACGGCUCAGCCUUCAGCAGCGGCGGGCCGGGGGCCGCGGCGGCCGCGGGCCUGGCGGCGGGCGCCUCGCACCUCUCGCACGCCUCCCACUCCCGCAACGGCAGCAUCGAGUCGAGCAGCCAGGCGGCGGGCGGCGCGGAAGAGGACAGCACCCCCCGCCGCACCAUGCCCGCCGACGAUCCCUUGCUCGACUGGAUCCUCCACAGCAAGUCCACGCCGCUCGAGUCUGGUGGCAGCGCCAAGGCGGCGGCGGCGGCCGAGGCGGUCGCGCUGGCGGCCGCGGGCGCGGCCUCGGGCGAGGGGGAGGAGGCGGCGGCGCGGGGCAGCGGGUCGGGCGCGGGCGCCAGCCAGCGCGGCACGCCGCGCCACCGCACCUCCGCUUCCAAGCAGCUGGAUGUGCGGGUGUGGCAGUUCGACUUCAGAGACCUGGAGAUACAGAAGCAGAUUGGGGAGGGCAGCUUUGGGCGGGUGUACCUGGCCAAGUGGCGGGAGACGCUGGUGGCGGUCAAGAUCCUCAUGAACACGGGGAUGGACAUUGAGGAUGCGGACGACGCGGAGCGCGCCCUCACCCUCUCCAACCCGGUGCUGGAGAGCCUUGAGAAGGAGGCGAGCAUGAUGGCUGCGCUGCGCCACCCCAACGUCGUCGCCUUUUUGGGCGUGUGCGCCACCCCGCCCUGCGUGGCCACCGAGUACUGCGGCCGCGGCUCGCUCACAGACGUGCUGCGCGGCGGCAAGAACUCGCCGCUCAAGGCCAAGCAGCUGGACUGGGCGCGACGCCUCAACAUGGUUGUCACCAUUGUGUCGGAGGGCGGCCGCCUGGAGCUGCCGCCGCGGGAGAAGCUGCCGGGACCAGACUGGCAGACCUGGUGCGAGGUGGACAAUUUCUACCCCCUGGUCAACCGCUGCUGGGCGCACACCCCCGCAGACAGGCCCGGAUUCCAGGAGGUCAUCGCGGAGUUGAGGGACAUGCUGGAGCGCACACUGGCGGCCAAGGGCGCGCUGGGUGGGUCGGAGGGCGGCGGCGUGGCGCGCGCCGCCUCCGAGGCCUCCACCUCGGCGGCGGCGGCCAGCGCGGGCGCGGGCGCGGCCGGCGGCGGCCGGGGCGGCGGCCCCCGCGGCGGCUCGCCGCCGCCGGGCACCCCCGCCUCGCCGCCGCCCGGUGGGCCCAGCCGCACCAUCAGCGACGUGGGGACGCCUCUGUCGGGCCUCAGCUCCGUGGGCGUGGAGGUGGGCAGCCUGGGCAGCACGCCCAAGGUGCUGGACAGCCAGCCGCCCCAGGGCCCGCAGUCCUUCCGGCGGUGA